UAGUUCUUGUUUCCUGGUGUAUCAAUUGAAGCUAGCAAAUCCAUACCAUCUCUACUUGCAAAUAAUUAACUAAACCCUAAUAUCUCUCUAACCUUCCAUGGCUGCUCCAAACCAGCUCCAAAUCGUGAUCCCUAAAGAAAAUGGCGCCGUUCCCAAAAUGGAGGAAGAAAUCGACUACUUCGAGAGGGCACAGUGGCUGCGAGCGGCAGUGCUCGGAGCCAACGACGGGCUGGUGACCAUCGCAUCACUGAUUUUGGGCGUGGGAGCCCUCAAACACGAUGCGAGGGCCAUAAUCCUCACCGGCUUCGCCGGACUUUUUGCCGGCGCGUGCAGCAUGGCCAUCGGUGAGUUUGUGUCGGUGUACACGCAGCUGGACAUAGAGAAGGGCCAGAUGAAGAGAGAGAAAGGAAUGGGUGAGGAUGAGUCGGAGAAGGAGAAGGAGAGGCUUCCGAACCCUUGGCAGGCAGCGGCGGCUUCGGCCCUCGCGUUCUCUUUGGGAGCUGUUGUGCCGCUGCUUGCUGCCGCGUUCAUAACCGAUCACAGGGUGAGGGUGGGGGUGGUGGUGGCGGCCACCACCUUGGGGCUGCUGGGGUUCGGAGGCGCCGGGGCGGUGCUGGGGAGGACUAAGGUGGUGAGGGCAUGUGUUAGGGUGGUGGUGGGUGGGUGGAUGGCCAUGGCUAUCACAUUUGGUCUCACUAAGUUGCUAGGCUCCAGUGGAUUUGGAAUGUGAGCUCUAAUGCUUGUAUCAUGUGUGUCUGAAUGGAGCGUCCCCUUCAUUAUCUAUCCUUCUUUUGCAUGGAAGGUAUUAUUGUGUAGUAUUAAUAGCAUGCAACAAAAUGUGCAUUGGCAUGAAACGUAAACUAGUUUUCAUGCAACAAACGUUUUGUUGGGAAAUAAACUUUCACUAAGCUUGUAUCUAUCAGCUCGAUUUGACACGCAUGUGUGAACCUAUGAAGUUUUAUUUAUCGUA